CCGAGUGAGGAAAAAAGACCGGAAAUCCACCUUCGAGGAAGAAGCGAAUAACAACAAUGGCGGCGCGCAGAGAGCAGCAGGUAGAGGAGGACUCGUGACAUCUGAGGGGAAAAGGGUGUUGUGUCCUGGUUCAAGUCCUGAUGCAGGGCGGCAGGCCGGUGGUGGAGGUGGUCCGUCUGGGCCUGGUCUCCUACCAGGAGGCUCUGCGGCUGCAACAGGUCUAUGUGGAUCGGCACCGGUCCGGUCCUGCUCACGCUCUGUUGCUGUGUCAGCACCCGCCCGUCUACACAACCGGGAUCCGGCACAAACCUUACCCUGCCCCCCUGCUGGACCGCCUACGCCUGCUGGGGGCUGAUGUCCACCGCACCAACCGAGGAGGACUCAUUACCUUCCACGGGCCGGGACAGCUGGUCUGCUACCCGAUCCUCAACCUGAGCAGCUUCAAGAAGAGUGUUCGCUGGUACGUCUGUGAGCUGGAGAAGACCAUCAUCUCCGUCUGCAGCAGGUUUGGUAUCGAGGCGUCGACAUCUCCCCACACCGGAGUCUGGGUCGGGGACAACAAGAUCUGUGCCAUCGGAAUCCACUGUGGUCGCUACAUCACGUCUCAUGGCUUGGCUCUGAACUGUAACACCGAUAUGUCGUGGUUCAGCCACAUCAUACCAUGUGGUAUCGAAGGUAAAGGAGUGACGUCCGUGAGCGCCGAGCUGCAGAGGGACGUCAGCGUGGAGGAAACCAUCCCUCACCUGCUGGACGCCUUUACAGAUCAGUUCAGCUGUCAGCUGAUAGAUGGACGAACACCUGAAACUGAUCAGGACAGUGGAGAAUCAUCAGCGUAGAAACUGACUUUAUAGAUUAAAUAGAUUAAAACAUGUCGCAUGUUCUUUUUGAACACUUUUUUUUGUCAGUUUCAUCUUCUGUGUCCAGAACAGAGAGAGUUCUAGGAUGCAUUAAGCCAGAUCUGUCUGAUUUACAUGUUGUAUCUUAUUGGUUAAAAAGCCUUUUACAGUGUACGGAUCACCUUUUAAAGGAUCAGCGUGUAGGAUUUAGGUGGCUCUAUUGGCAGCAGUGUGUGUUUUCCGUAGUGUACCAUCACCUUAAAAUAAGAAUCCUGGUGUUUGGUUACGUAGAAGCAGCGGGUCCUCUUCCAUGUUGCAUCGCCAUGUUGCUACAGUAGCCUGGAGCAGACAAACCAAUUGUUUGCAGUUUGCCAUUUCACCACUAGAUGCCUCUAAAUCCUGCACACUGCUCCUUUAAAUUACCUUUCUUUUUCAUUUAAGGUUCAGAUUCGGGGUUGAUUUUGUCACUUGGUUAAUUUCACAGGGUUACACCCAAAUUUGGGGUUAAUUAAUGGAUACAUUAUCCAAUACAUGAAUACAUACAUCAAUGGAUAUACAACAGAUAAACACUCAAAAAGUAUCCCUCAUUUACAUCUUAACAACAAAAAAACUAAGGCCUUUAGGGGUAAAAAUUAAGGGUAUUUUAAUGCCCAUUAAAAACCAUUUAAACUACACAAAAAGCAAUCACACAAAUACCUCAUUAUAUUACAAUCCAUUAAUUAUCCCCUUAAUUUUCCAUUAAAAAUACUCUAAUUACAUCAUCAUGAAUAUUUCAGGGUGAUGAAAACAACACUUUAUAACUACCACUAACAGCACAAUGCCUCACCUGUACUUUUCUCUUUCUACACCUGUUCAAAAAACAUUAAAACAUGGAUUCAACAGCC